GCAAAAGGAUAAGAGGGAUGCGGUAGGCAGCAGUAAUCCGACGUGGCGGAAUUAUGAUCAUGAGUAUUGGAUUGGAAGAGAGUUAGAAAUGAGAAAUGGUUAGUUGGAUGAAUCUGGAAAAUAAAAAUGGCUAUGCUGCUGAGGCUACCAACGGCUACACCUGGUGCGGCUGCUGCUAAUAAAAAUGGGGUGAGACAGUGGAAGAGAGAGGGAUUGUUAUUAUUUCCUAUUGUUGAGGUAUGUGGUGGAAGGAAUAGGAGGAGUAUUAGUAUUAUUAGAACUGGAGGAAGAGUGAAAUGCAGUAGUAGUGGAUCAUCAUCAUCAGCGGUGGUGAAUCUUGGGGAUGGGACACCUGUUAGAUCAACGAAUAUACUGGUUGUUGGAGCGACGGGUACUCUUGGAAGGCAAAUUGUUAGGAGGGCACUGGACGAAGGAUACGACGUUAGGUGUCUGGUAAGGCCUCGUCCUGCUCCAGCUGAUUUCCUUAGGGAUUGGGGAGCAACAGUCGUUAAUGCCGACCUUACUAAACCUGAGACUAUUCCUGCUACAUUGGUUGGCGUUCAUACUGUUAUUGAUUGCGCCACUGGCCGCCCUGAGGAACCCAUCAAAACCGUUGACUGGGAAGGUAAAGUUGCUCUUAUACAAUGUGCCAAAGCUAUGGGUAUUCAGAAAUAUAUUUUCUAUUCCAUCCACAACUGUGACAAACAUCCUGAGGUCCCACUCAUGGAGAUCAAGUAUUGUACCGAGAACUUCCUCCGUGAUUCUGGACUCAAUCACAUUGUCAUCCGCUUAUGUGGUUUCAUGCAAGGUCUUAUCGGCCAGUAUGCCGUUCCUAUCUUGGAAGAAAAAUCUGUUUGGGGAACGGACGCUCCAACCAGAAUCGCUUACAUGGACACUCAGGAUAUAGCUCGCUUGACUUUUAUAGCAUUGCGAAAUGAAAAGGUCAAUGGUAAACUUCUUACAUUUGCCGGUCCUCGUGCGUGGACAACCCAAGAGGUGAUAACAUUGUGCGAGAGGCUUGCGGGCCAAGAUGCUAAUGUAACUACAGUUCCCGUCUCCGUUUUAAGACUCACUCGUCAGUUAACUCGCUUUUUUGAGUGGACAAAUGAUGUUGCUGAUAGAUUAGCAUUUUCAGAGGUGCUUACGAGUGACACAAUUUUCUCUGUUCCGAUGGCGGAGACAUACAAUCUGCUUGGAGUGGAUACAAAAGAUAUAAUUACAUUAGAGAAGUAUCUGCAGGACUACUUCACAAACAUAUUGAAGAAGUUGAAGGAUCUUAAAGCCCAGUCAAAGCAAUCGGAUAUUUUCUUCUGAAAGAUUAUUUGUAAUUGCAUACGAGGAUGCUGUUCUGCGGAGCAAUGCGGUAGACAAGCUGGGGGUGCCCUGUGCCCAGGGGGAUUAUGCUGCAGCAAGUUUGGUUGGUGUGGAUCAACCAUCGACUACUGUGGAGAUGGGUGCCAGAGUCAAUGUAGUGGAAGCAGUGGUGGCAGUAGCCUUAGUAGCCUCAUCUCCAGGGACACUUUCAACCAGAUGCUCAAGCAUCGCGACGACAGUGCGUGUCAGGGGAAAGGUUUUUACACAUAUGACGCUUUCAUUUCAGCUGCCAAGGCUUUCCCCAACUUCGCCAAUAGAGGAGAUACUGACACUAAAAAAAGGGAGAUUGCUGCUUUCUUGGGUCAAACUUCUCACGAAACCACUGGUGGAUGGGCAACUGCACCAGACGGUCCAUAUGCUUGGGGAUACUGCUUUCUCAGAGAACAGAAUCCCAGCGACUACUGUCAACCAAGUUCUGAAUUCCCAUGUGCUUCUGGCAAGCAAUACUACGGCAGAGGUCCCAUUCAGAUAUCUUGGAAUUACAACUACGGACAGUGUGGAAGAGCAAUUGGUGUUGACUUGCUCAACAAUCCAGACCUCGUCGCCACUGACCCUGUUAUAUCCUUCAAGACUGCUUUGUGGUUUUGGAUGACGCCUCAGUCACCGAAGCCAUCAUGCCAUGACGUUAUCACCGGUGGAUGGAGUCCUUCUAGUGCAGAUAGUGCGGCGGGGAGGCUACCGGGGUACGGUACGGUGACCAACAUCAUAAACGGUGGACUUGAAUGCGGGAGAGGGCAGGAUAGCAGAGUGCAGGAUCGAAUAGGAUUUUACAAGAGAUACUGUGACAUAUUUGGAGUUGGAUACGGAGAUAAUCUUGAUUGUUUUUCUCAGAGGCCAUUCGGAUCAUCACUCCUGCUCAACACCAUCGCCACCGCCUAGUUACGUUUGUCUUUUUCUUAAUUAAUUAGUAGUAUUAAUUAAAAUAAAUAUCGUGAAUCACGGUUCACCCUAAUGUCAACUGCAUGUUUCCAUAUGUUACACAUGCAUGUAUAAUAUAAUGUAUCAAUGGAACUCAACCUACCUGCACCUACUUUAAAAAUCAAAUUAAUUCCAUCCUUAUCCUUUCACUCAUUGACUA